GUGGACAUGACACCAACAAUGCGGGACCAAGGGACGCUGGUACGUCACACCUCGCCUAAUAUUCCGGAAACGCCUAUAUAUCAGACUGUGGCCACUGUUCGACGUCCACCACUGCCACCUCCAAGGAAAACGGAAGUACAAGAGUCGUGCAUGAUCAUAGGCGAGCGAGAAGUAGAAGAGGAGGAAACGAGACGCGAUUAUUACGAAGAAGUCUCGUCGAAAAUGGCGAUGGGUCAACAUGUCGUCCAAGGCAGUUACAGUGCAGAAGGAAAGAAGAGUUUGAGCGAGUUUCUCAUGCAGCGGCUAUCGAUGGUGGACAAUCUAGACAUCCGUCAGAAUAUUGACGUUAAGCACGAGACGCACGAUAUUCACGGGGAUCCGAGCCGUUGGAUGCGCUCGGGUGACAAGGAGUACCACGUGACCGCUAAGAACAUCUAUGACCGCGUUGCGGAGGCGGUUGAUCUGUGUAUAAAAGAGGGACGGGCGAUGAUUGUCGUCACUGUGACGGCAGAACGGGUGAAACCUGCAGACCUUGAGUUCAGCAUAUGGAAGAGUCACCAGGCUAUUGUUACCCGGACAAUCGAGGUUGACCUGUUCGCCACUGAGCGACGGCGGGAGCUGUACCACCAGGUAAUGGCUGAACAGACAGUGGCGGCGGCCGGGGUGCCGCGUGAGCUCGACAGUCAGCAGACGCUUGACUUCUUCACCAGGGUCCUCGGAGCGGAUAAUCCACUUCCGGUCCAGGAGCCUAUAAUGGCUAGCAACUCAUACAGUGGCGUUUCAGGUCCUGAGGCGUAUUUCUCGAGCGUGCCUUUUGUAGGUUAAAUGAACAUUUUACUAUUUUAUGUUUUUGGUUUAUACAUAAUUUUAUAUAUUUCUGGUACAGUCAUAUGCUUCGUUUAUUUCGUUUUUCGAAUCUCCGUGUUUGUGACAGUUUCUCAUACCUUAAUCUGGGACAUUAGUAUACAUACCGUAGUUCUGGUUUGUUUUAUAUUAUUAUUAGGUUACAUGUAUACUGGAAGAAAACGAAGCAAAACCAUUCUGAUACCUUGAAUGUAAGUUUAAAACCAAGUUUGAAUUCGAUAUACAUUAACUGUAUGUAUAUAUAUAUACGAAUAUGACAAGUUAUAUGCUAGAAACUGAAUUAUUAGUAAGGGUCAAUAUGCUCAGUGAUAGCAACUACGAAUGUGUAGAAAAUGUUAACUAUUCACUGUGACCAUCUUAUGAAUUGAUAGUACUGAAUAGUUAUACUCUCUAUUUCAAUAUUGGUCAGUUUUGGAAGAUGUAUUAGAUUGUGCAAGAAAAACUUUUAAUUAUCCUUAUAGUUUGCGUUGGUUCCCCUAACCCUGAAUGUCUAAUAAAUAUUAGUACACUUACAUGUUUUUGCACCAUUACCGUAUUAACUAUGUUAAUGUGUUUAUCUAAUAUUCGCUGACAAUUUCGU